CUUCUUUGAUGCACCUCAUCUCUGUCCUACCCUCGUUGUGAAGAUCUCGAACCGCGCAGCCGCUCGCGUCUGGAACCAGCCUCCAAGAUCGUUACUUUUGGCUAUAGCUAUCCGAUGCAUGCUGUGAGGCCGCCGGAGCAAUCCGGACACCGAAAAUGCGAAGAUCCCCCCAAGAGGUUGGCAUCCGCCUUGACCUUCUUGAGCGCACAUUGGUAUUCAAACAAAAGCAGUUCCAUCAUUCAUCUCUCGGUCCUUCACACGCCGCGACAACGUGAAGUCUCAGAUGAUCAGAAUACCCAUCCCAUUAAAAUUCCAAGCACCAAGCAUGCCGCCCCAAGCCGAGCCUCCCAAUCUCACCAGCCUCACCAUCCAUCCUCUUCCCGUGCCUACCCCAGUAUAUUGCUCAUCGAAUACCUCACCCAGGACAAACAGACUUGGGACCUAAGGGAUAGUUCAGAGACACGCUACCUUGCUAGAACAGGAGCCUCAAGAUGCUCUUCUGUCAUCAUCACCCUUAUACUCCUAGUGAGGCAUUGCGGGAUAAAAUGGUCGACCAACUGGUCGGUCCAGCCAAAUCAUACAGAUCAGCAGCGUGCCGUCUUCCAUCGUCUUGGCGGGGACGAGGAGCCUUCAUAUAUGGGAAGUUGGCAGAUGCCUGGCCCUCAAGCUGAUUGCUGCUGUCAAUUGCAUCAAGCAGGUGUCCAUCGAGUCUAAAUCAUCAGGCUGUAGACCAUACGGAAGCCUUGAAUGACUGGCUUUAGGGGCCUGGACCACAAAAAGCCCCAAUUGCCAGUCAAGCUCCAGCAUCUACACUCAUAUAAUUUCAACAAGUC